AUGCUGAAUAUCAAUCACAACAACUUCCCUCUUGCAAUGGACAACAAGCUACGCCUGACAGGAUGCUCUGAUCCAAACUUCCAACGGGACGGUUGCCGCUGGGUCGAUCCAUUUCCACUCACUCAUUCAAAGAAUUUGAGCUAUCGAGAUGAUAAAGAGUUCGAUUUGGGAUCCCUUCUCAACUAUGUGCCGUCCUCGGCAAUAGUUGAUCAUCCGACGGAGAAGAAAUCUUUUCACGAGAACAGGCUCAAGCGGCCCAUCAUACAGUUCGAAGACAACUACGAGACCGACACCAGAGCGCCUCGUUUCAAACGUCAUCGUACAUGCGAUGAUAUGGUAAUCAGUGCUGCUGAUGUGAUCCCAGAUGUGGGAGUCAGUUCUGCGGAUGUUUUCCCAGAUGUGGAAAUCAGUGCCGCUGAUGUCUUCCCAGAUGUGUCAACAAGUGCUGCUCCUGUGACACCACAGGUGCAGGAAUACCCCCGUUUUCGAGAUUAUCAAGAGAAUCAGUGGCAGAAGCAAUUCCAGGCUCUUCUUGAGUUCAAACAGAAGCAUGGACAUUGCUGCGUUCCCAACAAACACAAUGAAAAUCCGGUUCUAGGAAGAUGGGUCAAGAGACAAAGAUAUCAACACAAACUGCUCCAGCAGGGUAAGAAAUCCACGCUGGUCCCUCAUCGUGUCAAAGCAUUGGAAGAUGCUGGCUUCAUCUGGGAUUCUCAUUCUGCUCUAUGGGAAGAGCGACUGAAUGAACUGAAAGCUUAUCGUCGAGUCCACGGCCACAGCAAUGUACCAUCGACUUUCACUGCAAAUGCACAGCUAUCGACUUGGGUAAAAUGCCAGCGCCGGCAGUACAGGUUAUUCUUAGAUGGCGAACCUUCCUCCAACCUGACACUUGAACGCAUAUCCGCAUUGAACCAGAUCGGCUUUCAAUGGUGUGGACGGCUGAUCAGAAGGAAAAGUCCAAGACCCAAUUUCUAA